AAAGUUUGCCAAUUGUACGAAGAAAUGUAUGUUUUUGGAAACGUAUCGAUGUAUAGUAGUAUCGAGGCUUCCCUGUCUCAAAAAAAAAAUCCUCUCCAAAAAGAGUAUUUUAUCUUUGAUACCUUAAAUGAUAUUCCACCGCGCUAUUAAAAAAAUAGUUUUAUAAUAUUUAUUCAAUAUUCUAUUAGAAUCUAGCGUAAUUCAAUAAAUAAGAAGUAGAAUUCGUAGACUUGUGAAAAAGGUUUACUUUGCGGUUACUCUAACGAGGCGGUCCGGUUUCAUGGAAGCUGAGGAGGGGAGAUUCUGUUGACGUGUCUACACUCUACAGUUGUGGAAGUUUCGUCCGAGCUGCGUUGGAAGGUGGCGGAUCGAAAGAGCCAGUCGUCACUCAGUGCUCGUCUUCGCUCCGUUGGGUGAAACCCAGCUUCCGAAAUGACGUUCAAGGGAAGAAAGUCGUCUAACAAAAGCCCACCGUUCUUCAGUCAUGAGUUCGUCAUACAGAAUCAUGCGGAUAUCGUCUCAUGUGCCGCUCUCGUCUUCGUCAUAGGCCUAAUGGUCCAGGCGACCUCUCCCUAUGCUUACAUAUUCAUAGCUUUGCACCAUAAUGUCAGUACCGAGCAGACUGGCCAGGAAUUCCUCGUCAGGUACACAUACGGUUUGAAGGAUGUCUGCGCCACCUUUUUCUAUUUCCUCAUCUGCAUCGUCGUCCAUGCCAUCAUCCAAGAAUACAUCCUAGAUAAAAUUUCGAAGAGGCUGCAUCUGUCAAAAGGAAAACAGACACAAUUCAAUGAAUCUGGGCAGCUUUUAUGCUUCUACGUCAUGUCUGUUGCAUGGGGUGUCCAUAUUAUCUUAAAGGAAAAUUAUUUACUAAAUCUUUCAUCGUUGUGGGAAGGCUACCCACACAGGGAGAUGACUUUCAUGUUCAAGUUUUUCUAUAUAAUUCAAAUCUGCUACUGGCUUCACACUUACCCUGAACUAUAUUUCCAAAAAGUUAAAAAAGAAGACAUUUUUGACAAAGUAUCAUAUGCCACUGUUGCUAUUUUCUUCAUAGCGUCAUUUUAUUUAUUCAAUUUUACCAGAGUUGGAGUUUGUUUAUUAGUCGUUCAUUACCUCGCUGAGGUCUUCAACCACAUCAGUGCUCUUAUAAGUUUUGUUGACAAAGAGGAAAAAGGAAAAGCAGUAAGCACACUUGUCACCCAAGCUGUGUUUGUCCUUGCACGUCUCACUUCUGUUAUUCUGGCCUUCCUUAUUUUCUGGUUUGGCCUAGCUAACUCAAAUGAGCCUUCAAAAGUUGAAGGCGAUUUCAAUACUCCGACCGUCAGAAUAGGAGCGCUGACAGGGGUCGUCCUCCUCCAGGUUUACCUAAUGUUCAAUUUCAUCACUGACCUUUUGAGGCAGAUUAGGGAGACUUCGGUGACAACUGUUAAGAAAUUACCCAUCAAGAAACCAACAAUUAAGAAGAAGGAAUUAAAGAAAGUGAACAAUAAAGAAUAUGAUGAACUUCCUGAAGUCGAUCAGAACACAAAGAAAAACCUGAAGCAGAGGAACCAAAAAGUCAAAUAUUAAAGGGAAGAAGAACGGGAGUGUAAGAACAUUAAUCGCUGGGCAGUUCCAAAAAAA